UGCAGCCGCGGAACGCUUUUAUGGCUUUAUAACAACGGCACAAACUCUGGUCACACUACCGGAACAGGGGCACUCUUCUCAACAGCUGUAGCAUCUUUGGGCAGCGUUCAAAUUAUAAAUAUUUCGUCGAAACUUAAACUUUACCUCGAGUUUGUCGUAUUGGCACUUAGCUAUGGGCAUUCCCAAGAACGAAUGGCUCUACUGGUGCCGGCUGUGCGCUCGCGACGAUGCCGGCAUUAAGGUACGGGAUCCGGACAUUGUGGCCAUAAUAAGCAAGUGUUUUGAUGUGGAGAUGACCUACGAGGAGCCGGAACUGGGCAGUAUGUUGUGCGAUGACUGCUUCUCGGCGAUUGGACAGCUGGUCACCUUCUCAGACAGCGUCAACAAGGUACAAGCCAUCUUUGAACUGCUCCGCCACUCGGAGCCACAUGAUAAUUUGGACGUAGAAGCUCUACGGAGAGAAUAUGGGCUUUCAUCAACUACCAGCAGACGCGAUCAGGAGCAGGAGUUUAGGCGAAGGGAGUACGAAGAUGACUUCAGCUCUGACGGAGGACGGAUAUCCCCUGCAACCCAGGAUUUGAAGGAAGAUCUCAGCUGGAGCGAACAAGAGAUGGAAGAGAAGAGGGAGGAGAGUGUUGAUUUCGAUGAGGAAGUCGCUAAGCCGCCGCUGCCUGUGAAACGGAAACGAGGACGACCAAAAGGCGUUAAAAACCAGCGACGAAAGGUGGUCAAUAAAAGAGACACAGUGACCUUAAAACCCCAGUGCAUUCUGCCAGAUCUGGGAGACGCAUCAAUGCGGUCUUCACCAACAGGAGGUCCUUUUAUCAGCAACAGGUUUGCCUGUGAGCAUUGCAACGAGUCCUUCAUCUCCAACGUGGCCUUGCGAUCACACAAGCACGACAUGCACGGCGGUCCCAAGCGAUUCGUUUGCGACUGCUGUGGCAAAGGACUAAAGACCCUUACCUUGCUGGCGGAGCACAAGCUGGUGCACACGGAUGCCAAGCCCUGCAUCUGUCCGGUUUGCAAAGCUGGCUUCAAAAACAAGGCCAGACUAAGAGUGCACCUUGAGACGCAUGGAGAGCCUAGAUUUAAAUGCACCAUUUGCGGUAAAAAGCUACAGACCCGUGCCAACCUCAACAAACACAAGUUCGUGCAUGUAGAGGAGCGCCGGUUCAAGUGCGAAAUUUGCGGCGCCGGCUGCACGAAUUCCACAGCCCUGAAGGUUCAUCUGCUCAGCCACACGGGUCUCCGACCGUAUGUCUGCAAGUACUGCGGCAAAGGAUUCUCCAGCAACACCAAUUGUCGCUCGCACAAGUGGAAAAAGCAUCCGAGGGAGGCAGAAAGGGAGGAUGACAAGGAAUCAUCGCGUAUACCCGUGCCAACGCUGGAGGAACUACGGGCCAUAACUCGUGAAAUGGCAAAAUCCAACAACGAAGAAGUUUAGUACAUUAUAUAUCUACGUGCACUUGAAAUAUACUUUUAAAUUUUAGUUUAAAUAUCUCAUGAGUUUAUCUGUGACACUUCUACAUUAAUUAGAAUAUAACAAAAAAACUAAAAAAGUUUUUAUUUUUCUGUAAUUGAACCAUUAUCCUUGGUAAAAGCAUUUAAAUAGACUGACGUGAAGUACUCAUCCACAAUUCCUGUAAAUCAAGACCCGCUUAAAACAGGCUGCUUCUCAAGGAUUAAUAAAUAUAUCGUAUUGAAGUUUUCCAA